AUGCUGCCAGGAAGGAAGUGCAGGGGGGCCCACUGCCCUCCUCGCAGGUGCUUCCCAAAGCACGACCUGCCUCUGCUGGGUGUCCCUGAGACUCAAAUCUUUUCUGUUACCAACAACACAGAAUGUGUGAAGCUGCUGCAGGAAAUCAAAUGUGCACACUGUUCACCGAAUGCUCAGAAUCUGUUCCACUCAACUGAGAAAGAAGCAUUGGAAAGAGAACUAGUCCUUCCUUUCCUGUGCAAGGAUUAUUGUAAAGAAUUCUAUUACACUUGCAGAGGUCACAUACCAGGUUUCCUCCAAACAACGGCUGAUGAAUUUUGCUUCUACUAUGCAAGAAAAGAUGGUGGGUCAUGCUUUCCAGAUUUUCCAAGAAAACAAGUUCGAGGACCAGCUUCUAACUAUUUGGACCAGAUGGAAGAAUAUGGCAAAGUGGAAGAGAUCAGCAGGAAACACAAACACAAUUGCUUUUGUAUUCAUGAAGUUGUAAGUGGUCUGAGGCAACCUGUUGGAGCAGUACACUGUGGAGAUGGAUCACAGCGCCUGUUCAUCUUGGAGAAGGAGGGAUAUGUAAAAAUUUUCACACCUGAAGGAGAUAUAGUCAAGGAACCAUUUCUGGACAUACACAAACUUGUUCAAAGUGGAAUCAAGGGUGGAGAUGAAAGAGGGCUGUUAAGCCUGGCAUUCCAUCCCAAUUACAAAAAAAAUGGAAAGCUGUAUGUGUCUUAUACCACCAACCAAGAGCGAUGGGCUAUUGGGCCUCAUGACCAUAUUCUUAGGGUUGUAGAAUACACAGUGUCCAGAAAAAACCCACACCAGGUUGAUAUGAGAACAGCGAGAGUUUUCCUAGAAGUAGCUGAACUACAUAGAAAACACCUUGGAGGACAACUGUUGUUUGGCCCUGAUGGAUUUUUAUACAUAUUCCUUGGUGAUGGAAUGAUCACUAUUGAUGAUAUGGAGGAGAUGGAUGGUUUAAGUGAUUUUACAGGUUCUGUGUUGCGUCUGGAUGUAGACACUGAUUUCUGCAAUGUGCCUUAUUCCAUACCACGGAGCAACCCACACUUUAACAGCACCAAUCAGCCUCCUGAAAUUUUUGCUCAUGGACUCCACAACCCAGGCAGGUGUGCUGUUGAUCGUCACCCAACUGAAGUAAAUGUUAAUUUAACAAUACUUUGUUCAGACUCCAAUGGAAAGAACAGGUCCUCAGCAAGGAUCUUACAGAUAAUAAAGGGGAAAGAUUAUGAAAGUGAGCCUUCACUAUUAGAAUUCAAGCCAUUCAGUAAUGGACCCUUGGUUGGGGGAUUCGUAUACAGAGGCUGCCAGUCUGAAAGACUUUAUGGAAGUUAUGUGUUUGCAGAUCGCAAUGGAAACUUUUUAACACUUCAACAGAGUCCCAUUACUAAACAGUGGCAAGAGAAACCAUUAUGUCUUGGCAACAGUGGUUCAUGUAGAGGUUUCUUUGCAGGACAUAUCUUGGGAUUUGGCGAAGAUGAAUUAGGUGAAGUUUACAUCUUAGCAAGCAGUAAAAGCAUGACACAGUCUUACAAUGGAAAACUUUAUAAAAUAAUUGACCCCAAAAGGCCUUUAGUUCCAGAAGAAUGCAAAAUACCAGCUCUUUCUGCCCAGAUAUUGACAUCUGAAUGCUCAAGGCAUUGUCGAAAUGGACACUGCACUCCCACCGGAAAAUGUUGCUGUAAUCAAGGCUGGGAAGGUGAAUUCUGCAGAACUGCAAAAUGUGACCCAGCAUGUCGACAUGGAGGUGUCUGCAUACGACCAAACAAAUGCAUGUGUAAAAAGGGAUAUCUUGGGCUUCAGUGUGAACAAGUGGAUAGAAACAUCCGAAGAGUGACAAGGGCAGGUAUUCUUGAUCAGAUCAUAGACAUGACAUCUUAUUUGCUGGAUCUAACCAGCUACAUUGUAUAGUU